UUGGAUCGACCAAGUUUCACAAUGCAUGAUCUUAUCAAUGACUUGGCUAUGUUUGUAUCUGGAAAGUUUUUUUUAGGUUGGAGCAGAAAAAUUCACAUGAAGUUCCUGAAAGAGUACGCCACUUGUCGUAUAUGCGAGGAAAAUUUGAUACAUCUUCAAAAUUUGAGCCACUAGAAGAAGUCAAGUGUUUGCGUACCUUCCUUCCAGCAUCUUUAGCACCAUAUGAUAUUGGGGAUCGGGAAUAUGUUAGCAAUAAGGUUCUAGAUGAUUUACUACCAGCACAAAAAUAUUUACGGGCAUUUUCAUUGUCUAGAUACAAAAACAUCACCGACUUACCUGAUUCCAUUGGUAACCACAUACACUUGCGCUACAUUGAUCUCUCUUAUACGACAAUUAAAAGGUUACCAGAUACAGUGUGUACCCUCUACAAUUUACAAACUCUGUUGUUGAAAGGUUGUUAUUAUCUUGUUGAGUUGCCUGCAGAGAUGAGGAGAUUGAUUCAUUUGCGUCAUCUUGAUAUUGGUGAAACUUUCAUAAAAGAGAUGCCUGUGCAUAUGGGUAGACUAAAAAGUUUGAGAACACUGACAGCUUUUGUGUUGGGGGAAUCUACUGGGUCAAGCAUUGCAGAACUGAGGGAGUUGUCGCACCUUGGAGGAAAAAUCUCUAUCUUGAAUCUGCAAAAUGUGGUCGGUGCUAUUGAUGCCUUGCUGAAGGAUAAGAAAGAUCUCAAGGAGGUAGAGUUGGCAUGGGGUCCUGAAGCUUCCGAUGAUUUUGUAAAAGAGAGACAUGUGCUUGAAAGGCUUCAACCUUGGGUAAAUUUGGUGAAGCUAACCAUCAGGUGUUAUGGCGGAAUCAGUUUCCCGAAUUGGGUGGGAGACUCGUCCUUCUCCAACUUACAAGUGAUGCGUCUCAGUGGCUGUGGUAAUUGCAGUUCAUUGCCACCAGUUGGUCAGCUACCUGCUCUGAAAGAGCUCUACGUAGAAAGCAUGGAAUCAGUUGUGAGGGUUGGUGGUGAGUUGUACGGGGGAAAUCAACAAUUUCAAUGUUUAGAGAAGCUAGUGUUUUGGAAUAUGCCAGAGUGGGAGGAAUGGCAGCCAAGUCCAAGUGGAGGUGAAAGUCCAAACUUUCCUUGUCUUAAGGAGUUGAAAUUACACAAUUGUCCGAAGCUGAGAGGAAACUUGCCCACUCAUCUUCCUUCCUUGAAAACACUUCAGGUGUACAAUUGUGAGGUUCUACAUGAAAACAGGGCCAGUAAUACCCUGAACACGGAAUCUUUACGAGGAUCUCUUGAAGAACUGAGAAUAGAUGGAUGCCCGGGUCUCUCAUUGUUACUAGAGUCGACGGAGACGCUGCCGUCGCUUCAGAUGCUUGCUAUUUAUUUUGAUGGGAGAGAGUGGUUGCCGCAAAUGGUGCACAACAGCAAUCGUCUUCAAAGUUUGACUUUAUUUGGAUGUUCCUCACUCUUGUCGUUCCCUACAAAUGGUCUGCCCACCACGCUGACGUCACUCACUAUUCUACGAUGCGAGAAAUUAGAAUUCCUAUCACGUGAGAUGAUGGCCAAAUUGACUUCCCUUCAGUCAUUGUGUCUAGAUAGGAGCUGUGAUUCUCUGAGGUCGUUCCCUUUGGGCAUUUUCCCCAACCUUUCAUCUCUUUGGAUCGAUGGUUGUGAGAAUCUGGAAUCCCUUUCAGUUGAAGGAGGAGCAGAUGAAAAUCUCAGCCAUCUCAACUCCCUGUCUAUUUGGCAUUGUCCAAAUCUUGUCUCUGUUGCCGACGGGGGAUUGCCCACUCCCAACCUCACUUCCUUUCAAGUCUACUACUGCGAGAAUUUGAAGUUGUUGCCGGACCGAAUGCACACCCUCACCGCCCUUCAAGAUUUGCAGAUACAUGAUCUUCCAAAUGUGGUGUCAUUUGCACAAGGGGGUUUGCCUCCCAACCUACAAUCAUUUCGGAUCAGCUGGUGUGAGAGACUGAGGCCUUCAGUGGAGUGGAGAUUGCGAGGACUUGCCUCUCUUCAACAAUUUCGGAUCUCAGGAUACAAGGAUCUGGUGGAGAUGUUGCUCAAUGAACAGCUGCUCCCUGCCACUCUUCACACUCUCCAAAUCGAUUAUGUAUGGGAUCUGAAAUCUUUGGACGGAAAGGGACUUGAGCACCUCACUUCUCUUCAACACCUACAAAUUGAAUGUUGCAGGAGUCUCAAAUUCCUGCCAAAAGAGGGUUUUCCGGCAUCUCUUUCUUAUCUGUGCAUCUGGGGGUGCCCUUCUCUGAAGAAGAGGUAUCGGAAAAAGAAGGGAAAAGAUUGGAGAAACAUAGCUCGCAUUCCUUUCAUAAAGAUAGAUGAUGAAAUCACCAUAUGACAAGAGCGAGCGAGCAAGCAAACCUUUAAAGAUAGGAUUAUCAAAUGGUGCUCUGAUUUUCUGGACCGUCAAUUUUGAAAUAUUUUGGAUGGAAAUGGACUUUCAACAGCUCCCACUCUCGCAAUUCCUGCCGGGACAGGGACCUCUAGACCUCAGCUCUCGUCAACAGCUGUAUAAAGAUUGAAUGUAUCUGAGGGAAAACGAUGUUUGCUUACAUCGACCACUCAGGUGCAUAUAUACAUAUGUUUGUCUACAAACACCAUGGUUGAAGAGAGCAUGGCUUAUUGGCACCGCUUGCUAGAAUGCCAGUGUAAAUAGACUUGGUGGCUAGCUGCUGCGCCUACAGAUUUCAGUCAUUCUUCUCACCAUUUUCGAUUUCAUGAGCAAUCAAGAGAAUAUUCAAAGUUGCAUCUGGACUUGGAGGUAAUCAUUUGAUUCGUUAACUGCUCUAGAGGAAGAUGCCGUGGAGAAAUAGAUGAUGAUAAGCCUUAACCCAAGUUUGAUGGUGAAAGUUUUAGCAGCGGGCUCUCAAAUUUAGAAACCUUCUUGCCACACACUUUGUUGCUGCCUGUGCAGCCAAAUGCGCGCACAGGGGUUCAUUUUUCUCUACCACGUACAUUUUAGGCCAUGACACUACGUCGUUGGCUGCCAAUGGCGGUUGAUUUGGAGGCUGCUGCUAUGGAAGUGGAUAUAAUUCCACUCUAUCUUUGGCAGGACUGUAGCAAAAGGAGAAGCAUUAUUCUGCGUUGAAGUUGUUGUUGUUGGCAGGACUGUGCUGCCAAAUGCGAGAAUUUGAAGUUGCUGCUGGCCCAAAUGCACACCCUCGCCGCCCUUCAACAUUUGUGGAUACAAAAUCUUCCAAAUCUGGGGUCACCUGCACAAGGGGUUUUGCCUCCCAACCUACGAACAUUUUGGAUCGAAAAUUGUGAGAGACUGAGGCCUUCAGUGGAGUGGGGAUUGCAAGGACUUGCCUCUCUCCCAGAAUUUCGGGUCCAAGGAAACAAGGAUCCGUUGGAGAUGUUGCUCUGGGAACAGCUGCUCCUUGCCACUCUUCACAAUCUCUGGAUCUCUAUACUUUCAAAUCUGAAAUCUUUGGACGAAAGGGACUUAAGCAUCUCACUUCUCUUCAACAGCUACAAAUUUCAAGCUGCGAGAGUCUCGAAUUCCUGCCGGAAGAGGGUUUGCCGGCAUUUCUUUCUUAUCUGAGCAUCUGGGGUUGUCCUUCUCUGAAGAAUCGGAACAAGAAGGGAAAAGAUUGGAGAAACAUAUCUCGCAUUCCUUGCAUAAAGAUAGAUGAUGAAAUCACCAUACAAAUUUCAAGCUGCGAGAGUCUCGAAUUCCUGCCGGAAGAGGGUUUGCCGGCAUUUCUUAAAUUUGGAAUCGAACUAUGCUAUGUCCCCCUUGGAGAAUUUCAGAUCAGGGGAAGUGAGGAUCUAUUGGAGACAUUGCUCAAACAACAGCGGCUCUCUUCCACUCACACCAUCUGGACGAUCAAGUUUGAAAUCUGUGGAUCAAAACACCACGCACUCUCGGAAUUCCUGCCCGGAGAAGGACCUCAGCAGCAAUGCAUCAUCGAUUGUCUUGCAUUCCUGCCGCAAGAGGAUUUGCCGCCAUCUCUUUCUUUUCCGAGGAUCACCAAAAUGUUUGUUCUUCUCUGAACAGGAGGUGUGCAAAGAAUAUGAAUGGAAAAGAUUGAGGCAAUAUGGUUCACAUUCCUUGCAAAUUUCAUUGAUGGAAAUCAAAGUCGGAACGUUGAACUGCUUAUUUUUUUAAUUUUGUACUUAAAACCUUCAGCAG